AAUAAUAUAAUAGUGAUGAGAAGACAAAAAGAUGUACCCCAAGAUGGAAGAGACUUAAAACGGGCAUUUAGAUCGUUAUCUUCUGCAAUGAGCGCAAGAAAUAUAAAAUCCAAGGCCCGUACAGGGCUACAAGCAGUAAAUAUUUCAAGUCAGUUCAGCAACCAAAGAGAAAGCAGUGGUAAUAGGUAUUGAAAAUCAAGACUUUGUCUUGAAGAAAUUCAGAAAAAUAAGAAGACUGAAAACUAUACUUCCAAGAGAAAUAACAGUCUGUCUCUCAGGUCACUUGAACGAGAGAGGUAUCUAGUGAAAUCUAGAGGCCCAACUGGCAAUAAAGAGGAAAACAAAGAAAUGAUAGAGAUUGUACAAGAAAAUUAUGCGACUCUUAACCCUCGCACUCGAAUCAAUCUUCAGAAUAAUCGACUAAAUAGCUCGAUCGACAGGCUUAGGAACUUAGCAGCUUUGCCUUUUGAGAAAGCCUCAAAUGAUUCAAAACUGUUUAAAGCAAAGUCCUCUUCACUAGCUUCAAACAAGAAAGAGGUGUAUUUCACAAUUGAAUCUAAAGAAAAGAGAUACAAAAAUUUAGUCUCAAAUGAAAUACUCAAAGCCAUCGGAUGAGAUAGCCCUCGCAAGGAGACUCUUCUCUUAAGAAAGCAGCCUGAGCAAAACUGACAUAAGCAGCUUAAUUUGAAUGACCAAGCAAAUGAAUAUACCAAUAAAUGAGAUACGAAUGUAAGGAAGUCAAUGCAGACAAUUCACAAAUGGAAUCCAGCCAGAAGUUCUAUGGCUUCCAAAUUCGCCAAGCACUCCAAGACACCCAAGGCGACUCAGCCUAGUAUAGAUAGCUUCAGCUCAAAAAGAUGGAACAAAGUCAACAAAUUUAAAAACAAUAAAGAUAAAGUAAAUCUCAGUAUGGAUGAAAAAGAUGCUCUUCACCAAAAUUUGUGUCUUCCAAAGCAGUCAAAAGAGAACAAAAACUGCAUUAACAACUUUGAAGUGAUAAACAUCUCAAAGCCAUAUAAGAAGAGAGAGUUAAUGAGCUUCGCUACAGGAACUAAAUAAAUCUGAGUCAAAGCUAUACAAACCUCAGAAAAAUCAGAUCAUAAAAAGUAUCUGAACUCCAGAUCAUGAAAAGAACCCUAGUGCAUUGGCGAGACACAAGAAGGACGAAGCCGGACGUAAUAACAAGAUACAGGAGUUUGUCGACUCUGAGCUUCCUUUUGGUAAUAAGUCACCAGGUUUUCCAGGAAAUUUAUCCAUAAGAGAACAAGUUUGCAUGAGGCCAAGAGUCAACACAGAUUACAAUACUGCCAGUCAUGAUAAGAACAAAUGUACAAUGAAAUCUCUUGAGAAAUAAUAUCGCUAAAUGUCUUUCCAAAGUUAGGGGUAAAAAGACGACUGUUCCCAUGAAGAUCCAUAAUAAGCAUAAGACAUCAUUCAGUGCAAGUAAGGGUCUUCAUAAGCGAAAAAGAGUAUUUUCAAAGAACGUCAGAAUCGGAAGGAAACAUAGCAAUCAAAAGACGCUGACUUCUAAACUUGGGAGUCAGUAUAAACCAUUUUACUGAAAUGCAUCUAAGCCUAAGGUUGUCACAGUUCAGCUGACUCAUGAGAUAAAUCCUAAAGUAGCAAGCAAAUAUUUGAAAAAUGACAAAGACUUUUCUCCAAGAGUGAAUAAAUCAAAAGCAAAAUUAAUUUCAACCCAGAUCCCUUGUCAGAAGCAAUACGAGUCUCAGAAUUUUGGGAGAUUACCUAAUGUAAAGAUAGACCUUGCUGAUGGCAGGUCUUCUCUAAGCGAGCCAUUGAAAUUAGAAUCCGCUCCUUCUUCUAAAGCUCCCAAAGAAGGAGCUGGAAAUAAAUAAAAUGACAAUUUUAGACAAGCUGAGGGAAAAGCACCGGAUGAAAUCAAACCGUAAUACAGUUGAGCAUGAGAAGGACUCUGAACAAGAGAAAGCCCAGUGAAAGUCCUUUAAUCAGACCCAAUGCAAAAUAAACUUAGACUUAAUAGAAGUCGAAAGGGUAUGUUUAACCAAGCCUUACCAGACACCUAGCAUAAACACAUUUGGAGGAUCUUCCUCCAAGAAAGUUUCUUCUAAGGAACCUCAAAGACAAGCUAAAGUUGUAGUCAGCCAGGAGCGACUAGUGGGUGCGAGAAUUAAAUAG